AUGCCGUGGACCCCAACCUCUCCGUGGAUGAGCUCGACCAGCUCGUGCGGCUGGCAGAAAAAAAGCAGGACAUGCGCAUGUCGCAGCAGCGUAUCUCCGACAUCGGCGCUAGAGUUGCUGAGAUCGAGACUUGCUUGGACAAGGAGGUGCAGAAACCCGAUCUGUACCAGCCCUGGGUCCAGCAGCAGUUGGCCACCGCCACCGAGCUCACCGAGAGGCUGCACACGGCCGGCGCGGAGUACAAGGCAGCCAUAUCCUCCUUCGUGGGCGCCCAGCAGCCCAGGGCGGGCUCCCAGCCCCCAGCCACGCUCUCCAUCAAGAACGUGGUCGAGGGCAAGGGUGUCAUUCUCCAGCUCAUCGAUAUUGAAUCGUAUUUCGACGUUGAGGGGUAUGAGUGUACAGCGGCAGAUCGCAAUACUAUACAUGCCAGCCGUAAUCAACUGUGCGAACAGCCCCAGGACAUCGCCAAGGGCCUCUGCUCUGGCGCCGUCGAGCGCAUGGAGUCCAUCAAG